AUGUCAAAGAAGCGAUUUAUGACUAAGAAGCUGGAUUCUGAGUUCAUUUUCCCCGAAGAAGAUCAACAGAUUGGACGGAUCAUCUCGUCGAAAGGUCGUGAUUUGUUCGAAAUCGAGGAUCAAAAUGCUCAAGUGUAUUUGGCCAGCAUGCCGACCAAAUUCCGGAACACGAUUUGGGCGAAACGUGGUCAAUAUGUCUACUUGUUACCAAUUGAAGAGGGAGAUAAGGUGAAAGCCGAGAUUCAGCACGUUUUGGACACGGAAACCGUGCUGCACCUGCGUGAGCACAAGAAAUGGCCGGAAUACUUUGAAGAAGAAGCCGUCAAGCUCUCGAGGGGAUUCAAACGUGGUGGAGGUGAGAAUGUGAUAGACGACGACAUGUUACCUCCAAGUGAGUCAGAUGGAGAAUACGAAGACGAGGACGGGGAUUUUGAGGACGAAGAAGAUAUAGAAGGUGAGGAGGAUGAUGCUGAAAGUGAAGAAGAAGUUGGUUUUUCCACUUUUAAUCCUAAUAGAGCAGCAGCACCGUCGGAUUAA